AUGACUUUUCUCUCGGAUCAUGACAUCGAGAAGGGAGUGGCAGUGAACCCCGCAGAACUUCGUGUCAUCGCCAACAGCUCCCCGAAUCAUGACGGAAGCAGCAAUUCCAACAACCAAAACCACGACGUAGAACGGAAUGAUUCCUCUGGAAAGAAGUCAAGCUGUUGUAGCAUCAAUUUAAAAGGCAUUUGGAGUAUCGAAGCACGCGGCAUCACACGUGUAGAAAACGCAGAAAAGAAAUCCCCUCGACCUCUCCAUGACUACUUCCACAUGUUCUCCCUAUGGUUCAGCAUCAACCUAGGAGCCGUCAAUAUAAUCAUCGGCCUUCUCGGGCCCCUGGUGUACGGUCUUGGGUGGGUAGAUUGUAUUUGUAUCAUUAUCUUCGGGGGUGGACUUGCCUCGUGUAGUGUCUCGUACCUAGCUACCUUUGGUCCAGAAAGCGGGUUGAGAAGCAUGGUAUUUGCAUACUUUCAUUUUUUGAAUGUCGUUGUGCUGGUGUGCAAGCUAAUCUCCAUUGCGCAGAUCCUCGGUCGGUAUUUCAUGGGAUAUUGGCCGUCGAAGAUUGCGGCUCUUUGUAAUAUUGUGCAGCAAGUUGGUUUCGGUACCAUUGGGUGUAUUGUCACGGGACAGAUGAUCACAGCGGUCAAUGGGGGAGGAUUGAGUUUGGCUGUUGGUUGUGUGAUUGCGGCUUUGUGCAUUGGAUUGGUUGCUAGUUUUGGUAUUGACUACUUGAACAAAAUGGAGAGGUAGUACAGUUCCAUUUGCGUUGUGUAAAAGCAUAUGACUUACAAAAAGCAGAUUUGGAUAUAUCCCGCAAGCUCUGGCGAUCUUUGUGUUGAUUGAUUCGGCUGGCAAGAACUUCAACAUUGACGCCGUCUCCGUUGGUGAUCCCGCAAGUAUUAACGCCAACCGCUGUUCGUUCUUCGCCCUUAUUUUUGCAAGCAUUAUAGGAUUCUCUGCCGUCAGUGCUGACUUCUACGUUUACUAUCCCAAGAACUACACCAAGUGAAUCACUUUUGCUUCAACAUGGUCUGGUAUCUGGCUCGCUCUGGUCGUCUGCGACAUCAUAGGAGUUGGUAUUGCUACUGGAGUUCCUAAUGUUCCCGAGUGGAGCGAGGCCUAUGAAAUCUCUUCCGGCGCGCUUCUUUACGCCUGCUUCAGCGGUCUGGGUGGAUUCGGGGGCUUUUGCGUCGUGAUCAUCUCACUGGGCUCUAUUACCAACAACGCACCCUGUAGCUACAGCGCAGCGCUGACAAUCCAAACUCUUGGAGAGUAUCCGAAAAGAGUUCCUCGUUGGUUAUGGUGCGUCGUCAUAACAGCAAUCGAGGUAGGUCUUCUUCGUUUCCUUUCUAUGCUCACAAAACGAUGCUGAUUGAAGCACAACAGCUUGUCCUAUCCGUCGCUGGUCGCGAUCGACUCUUCACCGUCUUUCAGAACUUCCUUCCCAUGAUGGCUUACUGGAUAUGUCCCUGGAUUACCAUCGUUCUUGAAGAGCAUCUCCUCUUCCACAAACUACUUGGAAGACCAUUCGACUGGUCUAUCAACGAAAAUAGGAAGAAAUUGCCGGUUGGAAUCGCCGCAACUCUGUCGUUCUUGAUUGGUUUCUCGGGUGCAUUUGUGGGUAUGUACCAGGUUUGGUAUACGGGUCCUCUCGCCCUGAAGAUUGGGGGCGAAUAUGGCGGUGAUAUUGGGGAAUGGAUCGCUAUUGGUUUUACCGGUGUUGUUUUCCCGCCGUUGAGAUGGCUGGAAUUGAAGAGAUUGGGGCGAUAG